AUGAUGGAUGAACUUUAUCAAUCACUCAAUUGCUAUCGGGGGCGACAAUCAUUACCAGCCGAGAAGGAUAUGAUUGAAUGUCAUUUGGUGUUCCAGCUUCCUGAAAUCGUUAGCCUGAUUAUGCAAUUUCUUCCAAACCACCAAACAUCACGCCGAAAAUGUCUACCCAACAACAAGCAACGAUUGCAAUGGAUAUACCCAUGUCUUUUUGUGAACCGAUUAUGGCAUGAUUGUGCCGCACGCAUUAUGUAUCAGAUGGCCAUCUUUGAAGAUGGGACGCUUGCUGAUUUUGCAAGCUUUGCAGCCGUUUGCGGUACCAAUGCUAAUGCAGAUCACCCACGACCACUUGCAUUACAGCACCCAGUACAACGUUUGCUCAGUGAUCAACGACGUAACGUGUAUCGACGUAGCCUACGCACAUUAGCAGUACGUCGACUUAAGGAUAAAGGCCAUGUAUCAACAUUGGAAAAAAUGGGCGCAUACAUGGUCCAUUUGGAGAAAUUAGAAGUAUACAUUUGUGAUCCAGUGAGCAAUGCAACCAUUGAACCAUUUGUACGACCCUCAUUAGUCGAAUUGACUUUGGCUGGUUGUGCAAGGGUCGACGAUAACCUUUUGCUGCAGGUGGCUGCCACGUGUCCAAAUUUGCAGCAUCUCGACGUACGCGCUUGCAGUAGCGUAUCAGAUGUAUCCAUCAGUGCUAUUGCGUAUGCGUGCCCCAACUUGCGUCAUCUCAAUGUGGGUCGUGUGCGAGACCAUGAUUUGAUCACCAGCCGCUCCAUCAGCUUAAUUGCGAGGCUCACUCGUGUGAGCGUUGUUGGAUUUGCAGGUUGUGCUAUCACAGAUGAUUGCAUGCUAUUACUUGCACGUCUACGUUGCCACGAUAUCGAACGCGUAUCAAUCAAUCAUUGUCCUCGUCUCACCAAUCGCACCUUACGAGCAUUCAUGUAUUACUGUAACAAGCUCACAGUAUUUGAAAUGAAGGAAUGUCAUAGCAUGGAUGAUUGGGAAGCCGUAGCAAAACUUGUUGAGCGUCAAGUUUUACUCACCCUUUGCCAACAACAAAAUCGGGCGUGUGCUGAAUGGGCCAAGAGACACGGAAGAAAACUCAAUGUUAAGGCACCCAUAAAAUAA